AUGACCCUCAUAUCUUCUUUUCUCAAACGCGUCACUGGUCGACAGUGGACCAUCCAUUUUUUUACGGUCUUCUUCUGUUCAGCAUCGGAUCGGGUCAACGCAUGCCCAGCGAUGACACGCAUAGCUAUGGAAAAAGGCAGAACCAGCAAGCGAGUGUCUGCAAGGGAGAUCCAAGCUCAAUUGCACGCGAUAAGGGCGAAAAAGAGACUAAGUGAGGUUACCGAGGCCAGCGAUGCAUCCACCGAGUUUCGGUGGGCCUUUUACGUCAGGAUUACGAAGGUUGUCGCAUUGGUUGAGGUUUCUGUUGCAAGAACACAGUGGAGUCGACGAUCAAAUUGCUUUCAUUUUUGUAAAGGCACACGCAAAAAGUUCAAGUCCCGUCGGCACGUCGGUGUGCAUGACAUACCCAACGUUUUUGUUGAAUGGAGCAUGAGAGCUGACUGGCGAGCACACUCGCGGCAUCAAGUCUUCGAUAGUGUUGAACGCAGGAUCCCCCGUCUUAGCUUGCCCAAAGUGCAGUGGGGAAGUCAUCACACUCCCACCUCCGCGUGUCCCACAAAUAAUGUCGUAAUAGGAUCAAAACAAUGCAGCGUGUUACUACUCCGUGCAAAGAACAUGACAUACAAAACCAAUGACACUGCAUACAAUGCCGAAAGCUCCAUCAAGACCUCCAGGACAGGCCAGUACACCCCCACGCUAUCUAUCACACGCGUGGGAGCCAGUAGCGGUUCAGUCGAGGGAGAAAGUGGCGGGGGUGAUGAUAUAGAGGAGGACGAUGACGAUGAUCAUUGGGGGCCCAAUUGUCGGGGUUUGUGCUGGGAUGUGGGCAUGGGCUCACAGAUGUUCCAUAGGGUGACGGCGAUGAUGCACCUGUGCGGGGUUAGAUCAUCUCAUCUCAGUGUGAAGUUAGUGGACAUUACUGGAACGACAAUUUCAUCGCUGGCCUAUCGCCGCGGCACGGUAGCCUCCCUCUCACCUCAGCUGAAGUAUUGA